GUGUAUGAUGUGCAUGAAGAAAUUUCAGGAGACGCUGCUGGAUCCUCAACAGAGGAAGUGAAUGACAUGGGUAAGUUUUCCAUUGUAGAAUACAACAUCAGUAUAUUUCUAUUAAAAAUACCAACUAAAAUAAAUAAUUGUAAAAUGCAAUGAUAUUUUUUAAUGUACAUUGGAAGGCACUGUGGCCUAAUGGUUAGUGUAAUGACUCUGGAUUGAAUGGUCGGGUUUGAGCCCUGGCCGGGUUCAUUGUGUUCUGUUCUUGAGCAAGACACUUCACUCUUAUUCUCCAUCCAGGUGUAUAAUUAGGUACCAGCGAAAUAAUGUUGAGGGGUAAUCCUGCGCUGGACUUACAUCCCAUCCACGGGGGAGUAGAAGUACUCGUAGUCACUUGAUGCUACUGAAACCAGGAUAAGCUCCAGCUGUAUGCGCCACUUGGCUUGAUGCCGACUUUACCUUACACAACGCACUAACUUGCACCUUGAACCUUUUUUGAUAGACCUUCUGGUUGCUUUUAAUUUACCGUUGAUGACUCAAACCCCCAAAACUUGAAACUUUUCAAAUUUCCACUGAAGCGUUCCAAUUUUCCAGACUCAACUGCACUGAAAUACACCUGUAGUAAAUUGUGUUAAUCUAAUUUGAUCUUUUUCUCUUUAACAGUUAUUAUCGGGGAGUCGAAAUACAACCUUAAAACAGACAGAGAGUGUUUUGACAAAAUUGUUAAGCAUUCUUCUUCACCCUCGGCAUUAGCACUAAACCUCUUGGACAAUCUCAUUCCAAAAGAGGUUCAGCGCAUCUCAAACAUCAAGGGGAUGAACGGCAAAACUCCCUUGAACCCAAUGGUCCUGGCAGCCAUUAAAGGUACUGUAUUUCUCUACUUUUAAUACCAGACAGACUGGCCUACCACAAUUAUAAUUGUUGCAUUUAAUUGAAAUUACUUGUGAGUAGUGUCUAUAAUUUUAAAAAAAUAAUAACAAAUUUGGCUUCAACAGAACUGUAAUAAUUCCCUUGCAGUAAUGCAUGUUGCCUAUAAAAAUAAAGACUAUAGACUACAACAAAGACAGGGUUAAUUUUCUGACCUGGGAAUUUGCUCUAUAACCAUGCAAAUUAUAUACCCUUAUAAAUAUAUACCUAGCUAUAGGCAUAUUAUUUAUGAUAAUUCUAAUAAAAUAUUUUUAAUCUGUAGGACAACUAAAAAGACAAUUCAAGUGGAGUGACCAGGAGUUGGAGAAGAACUGGGGAGGAAAGACUGGUGUCCAGCAAAAAAUUGCUGAUAAGUGCAGAAACUUAAAUAAAACCAGCAACAAGAAGAACUGA